GCUAGCUAGGGUUUAUCAUCAUUUGAAAACGAGAUCAAGGAGUUAAUUGGUCUGUCUUCUACAGUGUAGGAAGGAGAGACCGCGGUACGUCGAUAAGAACUAGGUCCGCCCUCAUUCUCCAUUUAUACAAUUCUCUGCAUCGCUAUUAAGAAUUUCCUCAUUUGAAUGAAAUGAUGGGUGGACCUCUAUCCGACGAUACAGACGCUACAUCGAUCUCUUCUUCGCGAACUCAAUUCCAUCAUAGAGAAAGAAAUGUGUUCUCUUUGUUGUUACGGAGAGAGAUAUCUCCUCGAACAAAAAGUUGUCCAAAAUGGAACUAUGGUGAAGCUCCUAAAAAGAAUGUUAUGGCUUCCUUUGGACCACGAAGUGAAGCUGUGAUGGAUGCAAGGCGAGGUCUUUUAUCAUGGGUUGAGGCGGAUUCAUUACAACAUUUGUCAGCUAAAUAUUGUCCACUGUUCCCUCCUCCUAGAUCAACUAUUGCAGCCUCGUUUAGUCUUGAUGGGAAAAGACUUGCUUCUACUCAUGGUGAUCACACUGUAAAGAUAAUUGAUUGUCAAACAAGAAGAUGUUUAAAGGUGCUGAGUGGCCACAGAAGAACUCCUUGGGUGGUUAGAUUCCAUCCGCAUGAAGAAAUACUUGCAAGCGGUAGCUUGGAUCACGAGGUUCGCUUGUGGCAUGCAAUCACCUCAGAAUGCAUAGAGUCUCGUGAUUUUUACCGCCCUGUUGCUUCAAUUGCAUUUCACGCUGAAGGAGAAGUACUUGCUGUAGCUUCAGGUCACAAGCUGUACAUGUGGAUUUACAAUGGGAAGGGGGAUGAUUCCAUACCAACCAUUGUAUUGAAGACGAGACGCUCCCUUAGGGCUGUGCACUUUCAUCCUCAUGGAGCUCCUUUGUUGUUAACUGCUGAAGUCAAUGACCUUGACUCUUCAGAUUCAUCAUUAACAAAGGCAACCUCUUCUGGGUCUGUGCACAAUCCUCCUCCUUCUGUUUAUGUGACAAAUGUGCAUCCAAAUGAUAAUAUUGAUGCGACUCCGGACUCAUCUUUGAUGGAUUUUCCAUUCAUGUACAUCCCUUUCUUAGGGAGAGAGCAUUUUAGGUCAGAAGAGGGAUAUGUAUCCACAGAGUUACCUUCUGCUGGAGCUCCUAGCUUCCUAAGUAGGACAGAUGGCACUUUAGGUAAUUUUUGUCCUCGCAUCCCAGGUGCUGAUAACAGUGAGGCUUUGGAUAUGCAACUGGCAGAACAGCCUGGUCAAAUAACUGUGUCAACCAAUCAUGAGGCAGAUAGAGUUCCCAACAUAUCAAGAGAGCAAGAGAUUCUGCUUUCUCGAAAUCCAACAUGCUGGGAGUUACCAUUUCUGCAGGGUUGGUUAGUGGGUCAAAGUCAAGCCAGCAUGCCUUCAGGGUCUUCCCCACAGGAUUCUCAUGGAUUUCUUGCAGCUGAUUUUCCUGCUUGUUAUAGGAGUAUUCCGAUUGCCCCUUUCUCAGUGUCAUUGUUGUCAGAAACGAAUCUGUCCAUAUUAAUGGCAGAAUCUCAUCGGUUUUCUCGCUCAACACAACCCCUUUUAAUCCCUACCCCAAGUUUUACGCAGACAACUGAUUCAGAUACUUCACAUGACAUAAACCGUUCUCUCUUGCUUAGAAUCCAAUCAGAAGUUGCAGCUUCUCUGGCUGCCACAGGUGCUGCUGAGCUACCGUGCACAGUGAAGUUAAAACUAUGGUGUCAUAAUGUCAAAAGUCCUCGUGAAAUUCUGGAUUCCAAGAAAUGUCGCCUAAGCAUACCACAUGUUGUCCUUUGCAGUGAGAUGGGGGCCCAUUUUUCUCCUUGUGGAAGACUUUUGGCUGCAUGUGUCGCUUGUGUGCCUUCAAAUGUAGAUAGUGAUCCAAGUUUAUUGACACAAUUGCCUCAAGAUGUCUUGGGAGCUCAAUCAUCCCCAACUCGGCACCCUAUUUCUGCACGCGAGAUCAUGUAUGAGCUUCGUGUAUAUUCUCUUGCAGAGGCGACGUUUGGUUUGGUUUUGGCAUCAAGGGCAAUUAAAUCUGCUCAUUGUUUGACAUCUAUUCAGUUCUCUCCUACGUCUGAGCAUAUAUUGCUUGCAUAUGGACGACGUCAUAGUUCGCUUCUUAAAAGCAUUAUUAUUAGUGGAGACACUUCUCUAUCGGUUUACACAGUUUUGGAGGUUUAUAGAGUUUCAGAUAUGAAACUUGUGAGUAUGCUUCCAAGUGUGGACGAUGAGGUCAAUGUGGCGUCCUUUCACCCUUCGGCUGGUGGAGGCAUUGUAUAUGGUACCAAGGAAGGAAGACUCGGAAUCUUGCGUUAUGAUCGUUCUGUCAAUUUGACAUAGUUUUCCUGAGACUUAUUAAUGCAUACAAGUUCAAAGGUACAGACUACAGUAGAGAAAAGUAAAAGAUGUCAAAUGCAUUCUUGUUCAAACCUUUUUAGGAAUCGGGGCACUCAAUCAUCCACGGUGACCAAAUCCGGUUCCCCUUUCUUUAUACUUUUUUUGUUCAGAAUUCUGUUUCCUAUAUUAUUGAAUUCCAUUGUUGAGCCAAAAAAAGUAAUAAAAAAAAUUCCUUGAAUGUGUGGUUAAGUGAAUGUCAAAUGGGUGUUUACUCGUGAAUUUUGAAGUUUGGUUGUUUUUACAGUUUGUUAAUGGAACCUUAUACUAAAAAAAAUCUCAACAAUUUUCUUUA